UCUAUAAGUAGGCACCGAUUAAUCAUACAGUCGGCGCUUGUCAAAUAUUUGAGGGUAGAAGAAGCAUGAAGAGGAUAGCACCCUGGCGGAGGAGCGAAGCAGCCGCAGAGAGCCCAAGUGAGCUUUGCGCUUGCGCGAUCGGUCCUUUGAGUGAAAAUUGCAUUCUCGCGAUCUAUCACAAUACAACCCAGUGUGGCCCUAGUGUGACCCACGGGUAGGAUUACAAGGCACCAGAAGCUUCAGGCUAGCCUUCAAGGCUCAGAUGGGUGUAAACCGCGCGACGCUUAUGUCAUGUCAUCGAAAUUGGCCGGAUAAUCGGCGCCUGCCGAUUUCUGAGUCAUACCUGCCAAGAGCCCUCAGUUCGUACGCUGAUGAGCGAUCCCACCACCCGGAACCCACGAUCCACGACCCAUGCCGGAGCUGCAGUCUGAUAACAGCAACUAAUCCCAUUCAUUCUAUCCCGUCUGAUAUGGAGCCAAGCAAUGGUUGUAAAUUUCUCGCGAAUGAGUCUGUGUCACGACUUGCUUCACAAUCAAAUUUCGAAACGAGCAGGAGCAUGAUGGAACUGAUGGAAACACUCAAAAGGGGUGGACGAUCGGGGGGUGGACUUCUAAAUACUACAGAAGAACCCCAUGAAGGGGAUGAUCGAGCCUCAGGAUGGUCACUGCAUUCCUCCUGGUUGGGAUGCAAGGGUGUACUAGACACAUGUAUUCGCGGCGAGUCCGAAGGGACCGUGCUUGGUCCCGUCACAGAACUGUGCCCAGAGCAAAGCCAACUGACCCACCAACUGCACCUCUCAUGUAUGCCCCAGUGUUCGAGCCUCUUCCCCUACUGCCACCUCGGAAGUAGUCGUCGUCGUGGGAGUGGGUGGUAGGGGUGCUGACCGUGGAAAUGGUGGGAUCGUGGGAGUCAUAGGAGUCGUGGAGGUUGUGGUGUGGAAGACGUCGUGCUCAAUGGCAACAACCGCGAACUU